GGUUUUCCGGCAAAAUUUUGCCGUGUUCGGGCAGCGAAACUGCUGAUGUUUUGACAGCGCGAUCAGCGAAUGACUGCUCCGUUGACAGCGCUAAAGUGACAUUUGCAGUUUGCGUUCAACAAUUUUACCUUCGCAAACAAUAGCAGCAAAGAAAAGGAAGAGAGGGAAUCAAUCAGCAAACACUUCCCUGUGGUGUUGGCGUAUCAGUAAAAUAAUUGUGCGUCUAGUUUCAGUGAUGAUGAUAAUAAGCAUCUCCUCAUGAAGUAGUGGUAGCCAGUGGUCCAGAAACAGUGCGCUUCACAAUCCUUGUUUACACAACAAACAUAAGCAGCCUAGGAACGGAUACCAGUCGGCAGCAUCCGCAACAGGAACAGCAACAAUGGUGGCACGUGCGGGGCGAAGCCGUUUCUUCGCCUGCCUUGGGCUGCUGAUUGUAAUGGUUGGCUUCGUCACGAUGUUUCACAACUCUCAGCAGCAGCUGGACGAGCUGCGACAGCUGGGAUUACGGUGCGAACAGCAGCAGAAAUCCGUCCAGGCGCAGAUGGAAGUGAUCGUCGACCAGAAGCUGCGUCUGGAGAACUCGCUCGAGUCGGAACGCAUGAUAAACGAAGCCAAUCGGAAGGAGUUGAAACAGAAAGCAAAGGAGGAAAAGGAAGAGCACAGCAAAACCUCGAUGGAAGCCAACAUACGUUAUGCUUCCCUGCAGCAACAGUGCAAUCUGGUCAAAAGCCAGCUCGGUGACCUUACGGAAGAGUGCAGCCGAAGCAGGAAACAACAAUCGGAGGAGAUCAAUUCCCUUCGGCUGAAGGUGUCCGAGCUGCAGGGAAAGGUGCAACGGUACAAACAGGAAUCGGCGAACGAUGCGGAACAUUUAAAGGCCCAAAUAGUACAAUUAAAGAGUGACAAGCUCAACCUGGAGGCAACUUUACGCCGCCAACUCAGCGAGAAGGAUCAUGUGAUCGAGAAAAUGCGUGAUCUUGCGACAAAAAUGGAAAAGGAAAACGCACAUUACCUCGAGCAUUGCAAGUUACCAGCGGACCAGGUUCCGAAGCAGCAUCACCGCUACCGAGACGUCCUGGAAGCGCUGUCUAGGGACGCUGCGUCUCAAGCGAAUGCACCACCGGUGCACAAUUUCAACGAGCAGCUAUCCGUGAGUGAUGACUUGUACCGCAUACCGGUAGCAUUAAGGGCCCGUUACUUUGCCACUCCGCCCAACUUUUUGAGUGACAGCUCCACCACGGUAUCUUUCGGUCUAUCGCCCUCAACCUUCUCUCCCUCUUUCGCCACUAACAAACGGUCCGGUGGUGGCGGCGGCAUGAUGGUCCCGCAAGCCUCCGAAGAGCAAGAAACGCGCGUCAUUGCAAAUCCGUUCGAGGUCGUACCGCGUGCGGAUGCGAAGCGUAGCGAACGUCAUAGCCCGGAAGCGGUGCCGAAGCCUCCCACGAAGACUAACCCCACUGACGGUGUCGUAGAUGCCGGUUCCCCGUUACAUCCGGCGCUCGAUGGUGGUAUCAUUAAUUCUGUGGAAAAUUUUCAGAUCAUUCCCAAACCGCUGCCAGCGGUUGCAGCACUGGAAGGCGCACCGGCCAACAAUGUGCUACAAGAGCCACAUCUAAUGAAGACUUCCACGUCCGUAUCGACUGGCGGAAAGCGAUCCUCGGAUCGUAACCUGCAGCUUCCAAUUUUGGCCGCACCGACCGUUCUGCCCGGUCCUUCGCUGGAACACUCAAGCAAGCGAACUAAAAACGCUGGUGACGGAGGUGGUGGAACGCUCUCCGGUAGUAGCAGCAGCAGCACAACUUCAACCACCACCAGGUCAUCGGUGCGAAAAGCUGCGGGAGCGGCACCGAACCGCUCGGUAGCAUCAGCGGCACGGAAACCACUGAGCAACCGGCACACGAAACAGGUGCCGGUUGGAAUCGUUCCAUUCCCCGACAUCAUGCCGGAGCUGGAACAAAACAUUAGCGAAAACAUUCUAGACAAUCGAUACGCCAAUGUGGCCGCAGCAGCUGCUGCCGGAUCGACAGGAGGUGCUCGUCCCAUCGCAGAUGCUGCCGGUGUUGCGGCCAACUCGGCUGCCAUGUCGAAAAAAGCAUCGGCUGAUAAGCAACGCCGGCAUGGUGGUGGCGCUGAUUUGAACUUCCUGAACGGUGGCGGUGGAGCUAAUGCUGCGGAUGACAAUGGUGCGCACGAAGUGCAGGACACGGAAAUGAGAGCAAAGCGUCCCAUGUUUGGAGCGCUGGACGGUGAGCGCGGGGCAGACAAUGGCGUACCGGCAGGCGACGAUGAUCAGCUAGCUAUGGGCAACGAAAACAAUCUGAAUGCGGCAGAGGAGGACACCAAUUUGUACGAUAACGUAAACGUUGCCGCUGCUGUCGGCCUUGGCAACAAGCCACAGUUCGGUGGUGGAGGUGAUGACCGUCAGCACCAUCUUGACUACAAUGAUGUGAUGGUGCCGGGGCACGGUAUCGGUCGGCAUAUCGGAUCGAAACGACGGGAAGGGCUUCCCGCUGGCGGUGGAAUUGAUAGCAAGGGCGUCAUCAUAGAUCGAUUGGGCGAUAAGCUUAUCAACGAAAUUGUCCACGAUCACGGCAAAGAAGGAGAUAAUUAUCCAAACGAAAUGGAAGAUUUACAUCUAGUGGGAAACGAAGCUGAAGAAGAGGAUGUGAGCGAUUACGAUGAUCCAACGGCACUGAAGCAAGGACACGCCGAACGCAACUAGAAGUGUUCAAUGUUAUUAGCAGAAGGUCCGUUUAUCUGAACAUCACCAAUCGAAAAUGACUGACGUGAAAGUUUGCGAGCUGACAGAACUGAACCAUUAAAACUUGCUUAGCACAAUAAGCAUGCGGUAAGACUUAAGGUCAUACGUGGCACAGGAUUAUUUCAUUGAUCAUCAAACCACCAACCAUUUUAUAAAUAGUUCCGACGAAAACUGUACUGCAACAAAGCGUACACGCUGAUUGAUGAGGGAAAAGCUUCGAAUUCAAACUUCAAACUCGCUGCAAAACAGAAGUGAUGGAUAAAGAACAAAUUCAUAAGAUCGCUCGAAACGUCCACUAGGGUAGCUAUUUCCAUUUCUACAUUUUCGUUGUACUUGUUAAAAGUUUCGCACCUGCAUUAGAUGUAAUUGGUUCCUUUAUCAUGACACUUAUCUGGCGCAGAAUUUUGCCUUCUCCUUUGUUUUUGAUUGUUAACCACUCAUAACAUUAAUGAUGCAAAGAGAGAAUGAAUGCAGAAUUUCUCGCCAGCAUGGUGGUGGUGGUGUUAGCGAAAAGACUUAAUUGGGCUCAACAGCCAAACGAAACAAAAAUCUCGACAAAACCGCAACCACCGUAUUGGUCUUGUAUCCAUCGAUCUCUCUAUAAGCUUUCUUAAUGUUGAUUCUAUUUCUUUAAGUUUUCACGCAUUCUGUUGAUUUUGUCUUUGUUAUCUAUGCUAGCGUUGCCUUGAACAAAUUGCCAUAUUUGUUACUUUUAUUUAUUUUUAACGAAUUUUACAUCCUUCACCGAUAUGCGGCUAUCAAGUGGUUACGGUUCAUUUAUUGGAAUUUUGAUACUCAAACAGAACGAAAGGGUUACACUUAAAUAUGACGGAGUUUAAAAAAAACUAUUACGGCGCUGUUACGUUUAUCAUCACUUCUACUCUGUCUUUAAGUUUACCACAACGGACAAAGUUACUCAGGCGCGAAGGGAAAACGGCCACAAAAAUCAUACUUAACUGAACAAAGGAAGUUUAGAAACCGAACAAAAACUCAGCUUAUAUGCCCUCUUCUCUGUCGUUUGUGUUAGUGGAAGCGCUCUAAAGUGAGCGAAAAACAUUUGUUAGUCUGUAAGUAAGUCGAAUCGAAAUAUGUAUAUUAUGUGAUGUGAGGUUUUUUUUUUGUUCCCCGCGGGUGCAAGCAAAGCACAAGAGACAAACCGUGUUUUUUUCUGUUUUAACCAGAUGUACUGGAUUCGAGAGUUCUUAGCUGCGUAGUUUGUAAGACAGAAAACGCAAGUAUAUGUAGUAUUCAAACGUACUGGGUGAGUUGUAACAAAACAACAUGGAGGUAAUAAAAAUGUAUUCCUUAAAAACA